AUGUUCCCGCCCCCGGUACCCCCUGAAACCAGCGGUGGUGCUGAUGAAGUGAAAAUCCCGUUCAUUUGGCCGCCUCCCCCAGUGAUUCGCCCUCAUCAGUUACCCUACUCGAUGGCGGCGUUCCGGACGAAUCUAGAACAGUACUGCCGGCUUACACGGUUGGAAAAAGACCGCCGAAAGAAGAAAACCCCCGACGAUCUCGCUGAGUACGUCCCCGCGCCUCCCCUACCGUUCCCACCAGCUAACUUUAUGCCCUACCCUUUAAAGGCAUCGGAAGCCCUGUUGACUCCUCCAGAGGUGGUGGAAUUGUUGUUAAACGCUAAAGAUCACUUACCAAGAGUGGAUAUGAUCUUGGCGCUGGCAGCGGGGCAGUUAGUCGACUACCAUCACCAAGUAGGGGAAGAGGGGCUCGAUCAGGAGUAUUACGAUGCCCGAUUGGCUGCAAACGGACACGGACGACGUCUUAGGGGGAGAGGAUUACGUGGGGACGCUGACGAUAUCGAUUUUGACGGUAUUGAUACCCGAGACUAUAACGAAGCCAUGGGCGAAGCCAACUACAAAUACGAGCCGCUAAGAGACUGGGAAUACACUCAACAUUAUCAAAAAGUGAAGCCUGAAGCGAGUUAUGAGCGUACAGGGUGGAGCCGAGGGCUGGAUCUGGAGGUAGAACCCAAAUUCGAACCUACUGAUGAACUCCAAUUAUCGACUAAGGAACAAGAAUUCAACUCCAUAAAAGCUUCCAACCUCGCUGAACUCAUUGAAAAUGAACCCCAGGAGAUCUCGCUGAAUGCUCGUGACCAGCGACGGCUCCAAUUCUCUUCGGCGUUAGACGCCCUUGACUCCCACCACGUUUCCCACAGAGACGAGUUAUUCCGUCAACGUAAAGCGGAAUUAAUCGAAAGACUUAAUAAGCUACGGUCUCUGCGUAUCCACUUCCAAAACUCGGAUAUUCUGGACUCUGAACUCGCCAGCUAUGACCGCCGUCAGCUGCUUAUACGCGACAUUGAGCUCAUCAGAAUCUGGCUAGAACGCAACUACGAGCUUCUAAAAGCCCUGGUUACUUUCUAUAAUGAUGUUAAUCGCGUCUAUCGCGACUACCUCCAGCUAAUGACGAACAAAUUGGGUAAGCUCCACCACUUUUUCCAGUUCCAACAGCUGGUGCUCCAACACGCCGACCAUUUUGAUAUCCGACUGAGAGACUCAGUUAAAUUAUACCAGGGUCAAGUGACUACCGACUACGCUGCCUUGAUAAAGCUGAUAGUUAAGUCUCACCCGAAAGACACUUUACAGACGGCUACCCCCGAAGCUGAAGCCGAUGACGGCAUUGAAAGAUCAACCCUGGCAUCACCGCCACCUCUGAAACAAGUAUCAUCAUUAACUCAACUCUCUGAGAACGAUACUGCCCUCGUCCAUGACUAUAUGCCAUUAAUCACCCCUGCGGAAUUCUCAAUGAUAACGGGAGAUGUCGCUCGCCAACAACUGGCUAAAGGGUCCCUGCCGAAUAAGCAGAACCCUAGUCUCAAACACCAGAUCUUCUCGCUGUCUCUCUACGAUCCGGUGACGCUGGGAUCCGAUACUAAUGCGAGUGAUCUGGUCGCGCUGCCUCCCGCCGUGGGAGUCCCCCGAAGAGGGAGACGAACGGCUACGCCAAGUGCCGCUCAGGGUGGACCUCGAGCGGCCGAUGGCGUGCUGACUCAACACACGGAAGCGACGCUUUUGGCGAAGAUUAUGAAACAUUUCGUCGGCCCCAAUCAGGCUACAAAUGAUGAGUAUAACUCGGAUUUGGACCAAAUGCAUAUCGACUCCGUGUGGCCCAAAAAAUGA